UCCGCUGCGCCGCACCCGCGGCUGAAGUCGGGUACUCUCCUGCAGGGCUGUUUCCGGCUCGGUGUUGGUGGACCGGAGCGGGCCCGGGAGUUGCGAGUUCCCGGGGCCCUGGACCCGCGAAAGCACAGACUUAGCCCUGCCCGGCACGUCCUGUGCAGACCGGGAGCUUGGCCAGCUAAGCCCUACGGUCGGUCUGGGGCGUGGUCGGAGCCAGGCCGGCCUCGGGGGUUCCCGUGUCAGGGCCGCGUCACCGUACAAACUCCUCUCCGACUUCUUCUGCCCGGGGCCCGAGGCCUCGGACGGUCUGCACGAAACAGCACGGGGAUGGCCGCCGGGUUCCGGACAGCUUCGUGUUGGGGGUUGUUGUCAUUCAAGGAUAUAUCUAUGGAGUUCACCUGGGAUGAGUGGCAGUUACUGGAUUCUGCGCAGAAGUACCUGUACAGGGAUGUGAUACUGGAGAACUAUAGCCACCUGGUGUCUGUGGGGUAUCAUGGUACCAAACCUGAUUUAAUCUUCAAGUUGGAGCAAGGAGAGGAGCCAUGGAUAAUAAAUGCCAAAGUUUCCCGUCAGAGCUGUCCAGAAGAUUGGAAAGAAUGGUACCAGAAAAAUCCAGAUGAGCUUGAAAAUGUUGAGAGAACUUAUGCUUGUAGUGCAUUUGGAAAACUUAAUCUGAGCAGAACCCAUGUUUCUUCAAGACAGAGAAUCCAUAAGUAUAACACACAUGGAAGAAGUUUGACACAAAUCUCAGGUUCAACCAGAAACUGUCUGAGAAAAAAUCCUGAUAAGUUUCAUGGAUACGAAGAAUCAUAUUUUCUUAAGCAUCAAAGAGCUCACAGUAUAGAAAAAAACUGUGUGUGUAAUGAAUGUGGGAAAGCUUUUCGUUGUAAAUCACAGCUGAUCGUCCAUCUGAGAAUUCAUACGGGAGAGAGGCCUUACGAAUGCACAAAAUGUGAAAGGGCGUUCAGUGCGAAGUCAAACCUCAAUGCCCACCAGAGAGUCCACACGGGAGAGAAGCCCUACUCCUGCAGCGAGUGCGGGAAAGUUUUCUCUUUCAGGUCACAGCUCAUCGUCCAUCAGGAAAUUCACACGGGAGGGAAACCUUACGGCUGCAGUGAUUGUGGGAAAGCCUAUAGCUGGAAAUCACAGCUCAUUUUACACCAGAGAAGCCACACAGGAGUGAAACCUUAUGAAUGUGGCGAGUGUGGGAAAGCCUUUAGUUUGAAGUCCCCAUUCGUUGUACACCAGAGGACUCACACGGGAGUGAAGCCCCAUAAGUGCAGCGAAUGUGGGAAAGCCUUUAGGAGCAAGUCCUACCUCCUGGUUCACAUCAGGAUGCACACAGGUGAGAAACCUUACCAGUGCGGUGAUUGUGGGAAAGCCUUCAAUAUGAAGACACAACUUGUUGUUCACCAGGGAAUCCACACAGGAAAUAAUCCUUAUCAGUGCGGUGAAUGCGGGAAAGCCUUCGGUAGGAAGGAGCAGCUCACUGCGCAUCUGAGAGCACAUGCAGGGGAGAAGCCCUACGGGUGCAGUGAGUGUGGGAAGGCUUUCAGCAGUAAAUCCUACCUCGUUAUACACAGGAGAACACACACAGGAGAGAGACCCUAUGAAUGUAGUUUCUGUGAGAGAGCCUUUUGUGGGAAAUCACAGCUAAUUAUACACCAGAGGACUCACUCAACAGAGAAGCCCUAUGAAUGCAGCGAAUGUGAGAAAGCCUAUCCUAGGAAGGCUUCACUUCAGAUACACCAGAAGACUCAUUCAGGAGAGAAACCUUUUAAAUGUAGUGAAUGUGGGAAGGCUUUCACCCAGAAGUCGUCCCUCAGUGAACAUCAGAGAGUUCAUACAGGAGAGAAACCGUGGAAAUGCUCCGAAUGCGGGAAGUCCUUCUGUUGGAAUUCAGGGCUUCGUAUACAUCGAAAAACUCACAAGUGAGAAAUUGAAGUGAAGUAGAUGUUAGAAACUCUCUCAUAGAAGUUGAUCCUCAGGAGACUAAAUGAUAAUAUGGGUGGGAUGCAUUAAGCGGGAAGUCCUAAAAAUACACUCCUGCCGAUUGAGUCCGAGAGAGACGGUCAUAUUUGGAAGAACGGGCAAAAGCUUUGAGAAGUAAGUCCUACAAGUCUCUGUAGACAAGAACUGAAGGAGUGAGGAACAGUGACAUCAGAUGCGGUGGUGUCAUUAUGAAGAUAAAAUUCAGAGAAUUCGUAUUUAAAACCUUCUAAAUGUAAUAAAUUGGAAAAGCAUUGUCCCAUAGAAAAUGUUACAUGUGGAGAGUCACAUUCCAGAUUUGAAGCUAUGUUUUAGAUUGAAGAAAACCCCAAUUAUAAAUGGUAGAUUUUUUCAUGGUGGAGUAUAAAGUUGAUUUUUAUUUUGAUAUGUAAAUAAAGCAGUGGAGGAAAAUGGCAAGGAACAUGUUCUGAGGGUUGAGAGAUAUUUAGUGUGACUUUCCUGAGUGACACCGAAUAGCAGUUUUAAAAAUUUUCGGUAUUUUAUUUUUUAACGUAACUUGUCAGACAUAUAUUUGGUAGCUUGUGGAAUAACAUCCCCCCGAUGUUCUCCAUAUUAAAUGCUAAAUAUCA